AUGCCCGCUGAAAGAGCGCAGGAAAGCCACGGAGAGGGCUCAGCGAAACAGCCCAACGGGAAAGCUGCAACACCAGCAGCAGCACCCGCACCAGCAGCAGCAGCAGCAGCAGCAGGUGAUGCUUCGGCGUUCGCGCACACAAAUUCGAAUUCAACUCGAGAGACAACGGCAAAGACAGAUGCAGCUCUUCAAAAGCCGUCACAGACUGCCAGCAGCCCCCAGCCUCUGCCGGAGCCCCACUUUCAGCACCGCAAAACGCGAGACAGAAUAAGAAGGGCCAAGAAGCAGCACCGAGGAGAUCUCCACUGGAGCGAAUGGAGCAAAUUCAGAUAUGCAGAAACGGACUUCUGCGAAAGGUCGAUGCACAUUCGUGAAAACCUCCCCAGGAUCUACAAGGCGAACACCACGCUUGUUGACUUUAUUCGCAACUAUGAAGUGCCCGGGAGGCCUGUACUGCUGUGCGGGUGGAUGGAGGACUGGCCGGCCAUGCGUCGCUGGGAUAUUGAAAGCCUGCGCCGAGCCUACAGGACGGCGAAGUUUAAAGUUGGAGAAAAAGACAAUGGGGAUAAAAUUAAACUCAAAAUUAAGUACUUCAUCGACUAUUUGAAACAGCAAAAUGAUGACUCGCCGCUUUACCUCUUUGAAUCUGCAGUUGAGGACAAGGCAAACACAUGCGGCUUGCUGAAUGACUGGCGAGUGCCUGAAGUCUUCCCCGUGGACCUGCACGCCAUCGUGGGAGAAGAGCGGCGGCCCCCGUACCGGUGGUUCUGCAUCGGCCCCAAAAGAAGCGGCACAACUGUGCACACCGACCCCCUAGGCACAGCAGCGUGGAACGCAGUGACUUCUGGCUACAAGCGGUGGGCUCUGUUUCCCCCGAAUACUUCGAAGCAAAUUGUUAAAGGAAAACAUCUCAUGAAACCUGGAGAAGACGACGAGCCGAUUAUGUGGUUCGAUAACAUUUUGCCCCGCAUCAAGGAGAGGUAUCCUGAGACUGAAGUGUACGAGUGCAUCCAAAGGCCCGGCGAGAUCAUUUACGUGCCACCCAACUGGUGGCAUGCAGUGCUGAACUUGACGGACUGCGUUGCAUGCACUCAAAACCAUUUGUCUUUUGGCUUUCUUGACCACGCGUGGCGCAAACUGCGCAAGGGGAGGCGGCGGCUGGCGACUCAGUGGUUUGCGCGGCUGCAGCAGUUUUUCCCCGAAAGUGAAAUAUCGGGCCGGCUGGCCCAGAUCAACAAGCUGGACGGCUGGGAGGUGCGGUCGGGGAAGUUUUGCCGCGUGCGGGCGGCGAGCGGCUUCGCGACGGACGUCAGCAGCAGCAGCAGCAGCAGCAGCAGCAGCAGCAGCAGCGCCUCCUCAGACGACGAAGACGAGCUCGCGGAGGUGCAGCAAAUCGUGCAGCGCAUGCGCAGCUCCAUCACCCCCGAGGCCUGGAGCGCCUACUUCCAAACGGCGCAGCCCCAGGGCCCCCAAAGCCUCCCGCAGGACAAGACUCCCCUGGCCCGGCUGACGGGCUUUGGCCGGCCAAAGCCUUUAGAAAAAAGGGGAAUUCAAAUUGCAGAAAAAAAAGAAAUUCAAAUUGUCCAAAGAAACAAAAUUCAAAGCGCUGAGGGCGCGGCGGCUGCGCCGGGGGGGGCCCAGGGGCCCGACGCCGCUGCUGCUGAUGGCAAACGACAAAAAACGCAAUCUCAGACUUAA